CUGUAAAAACACAGUUCGAGAAGAAUCUUAAAUUGCAAUAAAAAGGCUUAAGAGAAAAUUCUCAAUUCCAACAAAUAUCUCUCUGAGAUUUUUGGAAAAUCAGAAUCGUUGUUUCGAGUUUAUCAGGAAGAUGCAAGGAGGUGGUAGAGAUCCUUUUGGUGGUGGUUUUGGUGGUCCUUUUGGUGGUUUUGGAGGCGGCCCUUUUGGUGGUUUUGGAGGCGGUUCCUUUGGUGGUUUUGGUGGCCCUAAUGGUCCUCCAAAUCUCAUGGAUAAUUUUUUCGGAGGAAGAGAUCCGUUUGAUGAUCCUUUUUUCACUCAGCCUUUUGGUGGUGGCAUGUUUCAGUCCAACUUCUUUGGUCCUAGCAUGAAUCCUUUUGCAGAAAUGCGUCGUCUUCCGCCGGGUUUUAUUGAGAAUAAUCAGCCACCAGGACCGAGUAGAUCACGUGGACCGGUUAUUGAAGAGAUUGAAUCAGAUGAUGAGAAAGAAGGAGAAGGAGAUAAAGAGAAGAAAGGAAGGCUAGGGAAACAUGGCAGGUCAAGCAGUGAGGCUGAAAAUGAAGAUGCUAGAGUGGAAGAGAGAAGGAACCGGCAAAUGCAAAACAUGAAUGUAAAUGCAGAGAGAAGGAACCCACAAAUGCAGAACAUGAAUGUGAAUGCCAUGGUGAACAAUGGACAGUGGCAACCUCAAACAGGUAGUUAUAGUUUUCAGAGCUCGACUGUUACAUACGGGGGUCAGAACGGCAACUACUAUACUUCAUCGAAAACCAGAAGGACAGGAAGUGAUGGGUUAACUCUUGAAGAAAGCAGAGAAGCCAACACUGCAACGCGGGAGGCAGCGCAUAGGAUUUCAAGGGGCCUUCAUAACAAGGGCCACACGGUUGCACGUAAACUUAACUCAGAUGGCCGUGUUGAUACAACACAGACCUUGCACAAUUUAAAUGAAGAUGAAUUGGCUAAUUUUGAACAGUCUUGGAGUGGAAAUGCUAGAAGGCAAAUGCAGUUACCCGGUCGGUCUGGUUCAUUUGGAAGUGGUCUUGUAAACAGAGAGCAACCAAUGUUACUUCCCUCGACUGAUCCAAGUCCUUCUCAUGCACGAGCAGAAUCAUCCAGAAGACCGAAAGCUGCAAUGAAUGUUAGAGGACCUGGUAGAAACUAAUCUCUGACGACAUGUAUGGUUUCUAAAAUCUUUAGUGAAUGUAACCAAAGACUAAUUACUUUACUUAGGUUGCAUCAUUAUUGUAACUGUAUGAUGAAUUUGAGGAUUUUAAAUACUGCUCUUUAAUGAUAAAUAUAUCUUUGCUAUAUU